AUGGCGGUCAACUCCGACUUCGCCGACGACAAAAACAUUGAUUUGUUCAUCUUCGGAGGACCAAUCAAUUUCACAGGGUACUUCCCCCAAUGGGGCGAUGCGGCUGUCGCUACACACAAGAUGUUCUCCUGGUAUACACUCAAAGCUCAUACCCGGAACCAGGCAGGCACCGUUGAGCUUCGAUCUACAGACCCUCUCGAUACGCCGAUCAUUAACUUCAAUUACUUCGAUACCGGAACGACAGCCAACGGUGCCGACGUCAAGGACGUCAACGCUCUUGUCCAGGCCAUCAAAAUGUCCCGCGAGGCCAACGAGCGCUACAGGAAUUAUGGUAUUUUGGGCGGCACCAACUUUACCGAGCAACGUCCAGGCUCAGCGAGACAGAGCGAUGCGGAUCUAGCACAGUUCGUCAAGGAUGAGGCUUGGGGUCAUCAUGCUUGCUGUACGGCACCAAUUGGUGCGGCUAGUGACACUCAAGCUGUGUUGGACUCGAAGUCUAGGGUGAAGGGCAUCGAUGGGCUUCGGGUCGUGGACGCUAGUGUCUUCCCGAAGAUCCCUGGUGUCUUCAUUCAAGCGCCAAUCUUUAUGAUCAGUGAGAAGGCUGCUGAUGUAAUUCUAAAUGGGUAA